UCCCGCUUCCGGUCCCGCUUACGUCCGCAGCAGCUCCGGGAGGUCGUUCCGCUUUCUCGCGUGCCAGGCUUCACGCGGACAGGCUAGCUGCUUGCCGGAAACAAGAAGACGAAAACUCCGGCCGCCGCGCCAUGCCAAUGCCAGCGCCGCUGGAGGAUGAGGACAUCCUCCGGGAGAUAUUCCUCCGGCUCCCACCGCUGCCGUCAAUCCUCUCCCGCGCCUCCCUCGUAUGCGCGAGCUGGCGCCGCAUCCUCUCCGAUCCCCGCUUCCUCCGCCGUUUGAGCAGACACCACCCGGAACCUCCUCUGCUGGGCUUCUUCAAAGUGUCUCGUCUCACAUAUUCCGCCUUCACUCCCAUCUUGGACCAGCCCGACCGCAUCCCCGCCGAACGCUUCUUUGUUCGGUUUCUUCACAGCUUCAGGAGACAACACCUGGAACCUCCUCCGUUGGGUUUCUCUAAAGGGUCUCUUGUCUUCACUCCCAUCUUCACUCCCGUCUUGGACCCGCCCAAUCGUAUCCCGGCCCAACGCUUGUUUGUGCCCGAGCACGGGCUGGAUUGGGAAUUACUUGCCUGCCGCCACGGCCUCGCCGUCAUGCUCAGCGAGUCGCUGUGUGAGAUCUUCGUGUGGGAUCCCCUCAACGGCCAGCAGCACCGCGUGCCUUUUCCAUCGGAGCUCCGCGACACCAAAAGGGAGAGCUUCUGUAGGUGCAGCGCCACGGUGAUUUGUUCUGACGAUCAAGACGGGCAUUUGCACCAUGAUUGCUUCUUGAGCCCGGCCUUCAAGUUGGUCUUGAUCUGCACCAGUAGAGACUUGAAGACAUCAUUCGCUUGUGUCUAUGAAUCGGCGUCGGGUGUAUGGGGGAAUAUUGUCUCGACGUCGACUACAGAUAUGGUUCUGAAACUAAGGCCCGGCAUCCUCAUCGGGGAAACAGUUUACUGGUUGUUUCAUGGACGCGAAAUCCUUGCAUUUGAUACUGAAAGGCAGACUCUUGGUGUCAUUGAGAUGCCGGCAGAGGCCCAACAUGUCAACAACUGGUCCUUUCAGCUCCUACGGACAGAUGACGAUAGUGUUCUUGGCCUCGCCGUUAAGUCGAAACCCGGCAUUCAUAUGUCGGAGGGCAUUCAUAUAUGGGAGAGGAAACUGAACUCUGAUGGUCUUGCCGGAUGGGUGCUUCUGCAGAAAAUCAAUCAAUUGGAGGGGAUCUCUUCUUGCACCUUCAGAAAUGCAGAGAUGGUGGGGUAUGACGAGGAGUUAAUUGUGAUGAUUCUGUCUACGUACAGUGGUGACUUCAUGCUCCACCUUAAGUCGAUGCAGAUCAGAUUAAUUUCUAAAACGGAUGAGUGGGCUGAUACGGUUUAUUUUCCCUACAGAAAUUUCUACACUGCAGGUCAGGAUAUUACUGCGUGUCCGGGAGCAGCACCUCCAGGACACGGAGCAGAGAGGCGAGGGAGCGCCUGCGGCAGCGCGCACGGCGUGUACGCCCGGGACGGCCAAGUAACCCGAAGCUGUUCCCAGGAGAUGCGUGCGCUCUCGGCGACGGCCGACAUCGCCUUCAUACACGCGCCCUCACGGCGGCAGCAUCUCGCCGGCGGUCCGAGGCAACGCCAGUCGCGUCCGCAAGACCACGAGGUUGCGCCGCCGGCAAGCAGCAAGGCGCCAACUCUACCUCAGAGGCGACAUCGAAGGGACGACCGACGUGUGGCCUGGCUCCAUCACCAUCGCCACGACAACGUCGGAGCUGCCGGCCUCAAGCCCGGCGUUAUCUCCACCAUGCCGGCGUGCAUCCCGGCUCCCUCACCAUCGCCACGACAACGUCGGAGCUGCUGGCCUCAAGCCCGGCGUUAUCUCCACCAUGCCGGCGUGCGUCCCGGUUCCAUCAUUAUCGCCACGGCAACGGCGGAGCUGCCGGCCUCAUGCCCGGCGCUAUCUCCACUAUGCCGGCGUGCGUCCCGGCUCCGUCACCAUCGCCACGACAACAUCGGAGCUGCCGGCCUCAAGCCCGACGCUAUCCCCAACACGCCGGCGUGCGGCCCAGCUCCAUCAUAA